GCUGUUCCUGGCUCAGAAGUGAUGGCGCUUCCUGACUGGAUCCUUCCGAUUACUGUCAUCGCAUCCUUCGUCUCGCUAUGUUUAUUUGUUCGUUUCAGACGCACCGGACAACUACUGUGGAGGAAAGUAAUUAGCAAGAUAAUGGCUCGCACAGAGAAGCCAUUAUUCCGACUCGCGUACACACUGUACACCAAGACCAGUCUCGGCUACAUGUUUUACAAGAGGCAAAUGAGGAGAGCCCGGGAACGCUACCCGACUGGACACUCCACGGUUCUGCCUGUGCAGUUUACCGGUAUGAAAAUCAUCCCCAUCUCUGUGCUGUCAGACAACUACAGCUAUCUCAUAGUUGACACUACCUCUGGUGUCGCGGCAGUUGUAGACCCAGCAGACCCUCAAACUGUUCAGGGAGUCCUCGAGGAGGAGGGGGUGAUGCUAGAAGCCAUCCUGUGUACGCACAAACAUUGGGAUCACAGUGGGGGAAACAAAUUACUGAAAAGGCUUCAUGGCUCAUGUAAAGUUUAUGGAAAUGCAGCUGAUAACAUUCCUGGCCUGACACACCCUCUGUCACACAAGGACUCGGUAACAGUCGGGUGUUUGCACUUUAAGGCCCUCUUUACGCCAGGACACACAGUGGGCCACAUGAUCUACCUGCUGGAUGGCCGGCCACUAGGUGCUCCCUCAAGCCUUUUCUCUGGUGACCUGGUGUUCCUUUCCGGAUGCGGGAGGAUGUUUGAAGGCAGCGCCAAAACAAUGCUGUCAUCGCUCGACACAGUCGGCUCUUUGAAUGAUGAUACUCUUCUUUGGCCUGGUCACGAGUACGCUGUCGACAAUCUGCUGUUCGCUGCCGAGGUGGAACCACGAAACGCAGCCAGGGAAAACAAAUAUCAGUGGGUGCUGCAGCAACGAGACGAGAAGCAGUGCACGUGUCCGUCGACCGUUGGAGACGAGAAGGCGUACAAUCCUUUUCUGCGCAGCCACUGUACAGAGCUCCAUCUGGCGCUGGGACUCAAGCAGCUGGACGACGAGGACUGGACUCUGUUUCGGGCUCGCGUCCUGGAGGUGCUACGCAAACGCAAAGACCAGUACAGCAGGAGAUGAUUAAAAAGAAUUGAAAAGUGGAUGGAAGCCAUACUAUCUUGGUUGCUACUGGUUAAACAUACGUUGAGUUUUGCGGUAGAAUGCAAAGUCAAGAACCGGUCCAAGUAUGGGCCAUUCCAUGUUUUUCCCCCAUCUACUUUCACGCGUCAUCUGUUCAAUGUCAUUUUAUAAUAAUACUAGCAAUUUCCAUAUGCAUAUUGUGAUCAUAUUGUUUAUGAACACCCCUUAAGAAGGGACAUUUAGCACUGUCAAUUUGCACUCAUAUAUAUAUUUAUAUAUAUAUAGAUAUAGAUAUAGAUAUAGAUAUAGAUAUAGACACACACACACACACAUACAUUAUAGGUACAACCAGAUUACCCUGUAGAAAAGGGUUAAGUUAUAUUGGACUAUUGUUUCCUGCACAACCUUUUUUAGUCAUCAAACAGUCAUCAAAUUGUUAACCUCUUUCUUUUAUGGCUAACCUUUUGUUAUACUGCAUUAGCUUACCUUUCAGUAGAGUGGGACUUUAGUAUUAGUUUAUGUGUAUUAGUAUUGAUCAAGGUUAUCUGCAGGAAUGAUCAAAUGCAUGUUUUUCCCUUUUUAACAUGGAGGUCUUUACCCUUGCUUUUUAUGUGCUAUAUAAGCCUUUUUUAUCUGAAAUUGAAAUGACUGCAUUCAUUUAGGGGGGGGGGGGGAAUAUUCAAAAACUUCUUUUAAUUGCCAACCUCUUUUACAUUUCACUCAUGAAGCAAUCGAAAAUGAUAAAUAAUCAGUGGGCGUCAGUCAGCACAUCUCAUGCAUUCUACUGGAUCGUGUGAGCUAACUGAAAUGUAAUAAGUGUAGUUCAUUUUAGACAUGACUUGGAGCUAUGACGUUUAUAUGGUACAUGUUGUUUUGAAACGAGAUUGGAUUUCAUGUUUAAUAAUGCACUAAUAAGAGGAAAAUGCCAUGCCGUCGCAACGGAAUGCUUUUAUAAAACCGGAACAUUUUUGGGAAGAACCUUCAUGCAUUGUUUUGAUACAUUGUAUAUUUGAUGUACUGUGAUGCAUAUGCCUCUGUAUAAUAUGCACAUUCUAAUCGUGUUGCGCUUUUAACAUUUCAGUUGACUCUUUCAUUAAGAUAAUGUAAUGCAGCCUCUUUCUGUGGGGAUGGGAAAGAACAAACCUGGAAGAUAUGAAAGCUCUUGAAAUUCUUCUUUCUGCCGUUAAAAACGAAAGCAGUGUCCCCUGGUGACUGUUGACUAAAAUGUUAUUCUGGUUGUUUGAUGCUGUUGCACAUCUGAUUUGCAUAUGUUUGAGUUCAGAACACUACCGCACGGGAAACAGUUUGACUUUAGGUUAUGUUUUAAUGAGGAAAUAUUCAAGUAAACUUUUCCAUUCAAACUGUGUACAAGC